CAUAAGAGGUUAAUCGUUGACCAUAAUAUAAACAGGAAUUUUUGUAAUAAUAAGUAAUUAGUACUGCUUUUUUAUAAAUCAAGAUUAUAUAUUGAUCCAAAAUGCAAAAUGACGAGGAGAAACCUAGAAGUCCUGUGGCGAAUGAAAAUAAAGAACAGGAACUAACAUGUAAAUUUAUAAUGAAGAAAAAAAAAUUUCAGAAAAACACUAGAACAAGAAAAAAUUCUAGUAGCGAAACUGAAGAAGAACCUUCUGUUGUUCGUCCAAAUUUCAAAGGCUCCAAAAGAGUGAAUCCUAAUGUCCAGAGCACCAGUGGUAUUGAAAAUAAGCGUAAACGACAAGCGAGUGAAGAUAACUCUUCGAAUUCUGAUGAAGAAGAAAAAGUCUUACAUUCUUUCAAGUCUAAUAAAUCAGCUCAGUCAGCUGGAUCUUCUGAUCAAAUGGCUACUGCUACCUUGGAAAUAGAAACAGAGAAAGAUAGAGAUGCACAAGCCAUUUUCGAGAGAAGGCUUGAGAUCAAUAAAGAAUUAGAAGGCAAAGAAGAUGAUAAGAUUUAUCGAGGUAUAAAUAAUUAUGCUCAGUAUUUCAAACCAAAGGAUACUGCAGCUGGCAAUGCGAGUUCAGGAAUGGUAAGAAAAGGUCCAAUAAGAGCACCUGCGAAUUUGAGAGCAACAGUUCGAUGGGAUUAUCAACCAGAUAUUUGUAAGGAUUAUAAAGAGACGGGUUUUUGUGGCUUUGGUGAUAGUUGUAAAUUUCUACAUGAUAGAAGCGACUAUAAACAUGGUUGGCAGUUGGAAAGAGAAUGGGCCGAAGGAAAUUAUGGACAUGAUGAUGAUGAUGACAAAAAAUAUGAAAUAAAUUCAGAUGAUGAAGACCUACCAUUUAAGUGCUUGCUAUGUAGAAAGAGCUUCGUAGAACCUGUUGUGACCAAGUGUAAGCAUUACUUUUGUGAGAAGUGUGCAUUGGCAAGAUUCAAGAAGUCUUCAAGGUGUUUUGCUUGCAAUGCUCAAACAAGUGGUAUUUUUAAUCCAGCCAGAAAUUUGAUGGAGAAAUUAAAGAAGAGAGAAGAACAGCUAGAUGUAAAAGAAGAAACAGAUUCUGAUUGAAAUAAAUUGUUGAAAAUCA